AGAUUUGUCUUCUUGCUGAACGACUGUCAGCUGAAAGUUGCAGUUGAGAUGACUUCGCUGCAAACGAUCAUACUUCUUGCCGUAUGUUUUGCUCAAUCAAAAACAUCAAAAAUUCUCGUCAUGUCAGUGCACGGUUCAUCAAGUCACAUCGGCAGUAUGCUACCGUUUGUUUACAAUAUUUUUGAAAGUCAACAUUUUUGUAGGCUGGCGCAAGCGGGACAUUCGAUAACAAUUCUAGAGACAAACGAUCGACGAGAAGCUACGGAUUUUGGGAAUGGCAUAAAAACCGAACACAUUUACAUUCCUGACGAUGCCAAGCACAGGGAGGCUUAUUUCGUGUUCCAGGCUCGCAGCAAGAUCUGGUGGCAAAAUUCACCGACCAGACGUUGUUCGGUCUGCCGUAUGCCGAUGUCAUUAUCAAGUACAACCGAACUCGCUUAUGAACCAACUAAAUUUGCACAUCGAGUUGGAAGUGCUUUCGAACAUAUCACCGAAUAUAUUGGACUUCGAUAUUUCACAAUGAAUUGUUCGGAAUCAGUCUCAAUUGAAUUGGAAAUGAUUCCAGUUCAAUGGUUCGGGAUGCCACACUUGCGUGAAAUUGGUGUGUCAAAUUUCGAAUGGAUCAAAUUCUUCGAAGGAGUAUCUGCGUUACUAGGCGAUUCUCUCAUCAACAUCCCGCACCCAACACCACAAGGCACCGAAAUGGUGAACGUUGGUUCAGUAUGCACCAAAGCGAACGGCCCGUUGCCGCCUGAUAUCGAAGACUUUCUGAAUGCUCGUGCAUCGAAAGGAACGAUUUUGGUUGCGUUCGGAAAUCAUGUGGACUGGCGAGCAGCGCCGAACUUCGUAGUGGAGGUGUUCUUCGAGACAAUGACGGAGUUCACCGACUAUCGUAUAGUGUUUGCAUACAACGCCACUGUUAAGAAUGUACCAAAACAUAUCAAAAUAGUUCCAUUCGCUCCGCAGAAACAAAUUCUGAACCACAAUCGAACGAAAAUUUUCAUCGGUCAUGCCGGAUUAAAGAGUAUCAAAGAAUCAAUAUGCGCACAGGUUCCACUCCUGCUGAUGCCAAUCUUCGCUGAACAAGCGCAUAACGCACUGAUUGCUCAUCAGUUGGGUAUUGCCGAAACAAUGAAUAAAAGGAAAUUAACGAAACAAAUUUUCACCGAACAACUAACGAAAGUGCUUAAUGAUCGAAAAUAUAUCGGGAAUAUUAAGAAGGUGAAAGCGUUGUGGUUGGAUCGAGUAAUACCAGCAAUGGAUCAUGCAUUGUUUAUUACCGAAAAAAUACUCAAAAAUCCUCGCAAAGCAAUAAAUUUUAAGCGGAAAGGUAUUCACAUCGCGUGGAUGCAAUUUAUUUAUGUUGAUUUAUUAAUAGCCCUAUUAUUUAUUGUUGCGGUUGUGUUUAAUUGA